AUGCAAAAACGAGGAUGGUGGACUGUUGCUGAAAAUCACCUAAAACCGCUUCGUGACUCCCUUCAUGGACGUGGAAUUCGAGAACGAGCUCUACAUCGACUCUUGCUCAGAGACUCAUUUUUGAAGGAGCAACACUGGGCACAUUUGGACCUCACCCCCGUCUCAACCCCAUCCGACCCAAAAGCCCUCAGCGAAGAACAAAUUUUCCGAGCCGAACGCGCACUCCGCGAGCUCGAAAACCGUAUCUUUGAUGCCCACCUCCAAACGAAGGGCUGGAAACCACCGUUCGAACCGUUUGACCAACCGGAUGAAGAAACGAGCCAAUCAAAUUGGGUUGAUGAAGUCCCUGACGUUGCUCACCUUGAUCCGAUGCCCACCAUGGAGCAGCUCAGAAAACGGCUCCUAGAGGUUGAAGAAAAUACGGAACCCCGGUAUUUGAGGCAGGAUUUUUAUGCUGGUGAAACCAUCUCGAUCAAACGCAUCGUGGAGGCUGAGGAGAAAGAGGAGAAGGACGAUGAAAAGGAAGAAAAGGAGGAGGAGCACGAGGAUGACGAAGAGGAAGAGGGGGAGCUGUGCGAGAUUUGGAAGCAAGCUGUUCAAGAGGCUACUACCCCGGCUUCAAUUGUGAUUUUGGCACAGGUAUUGGAGCAAAACAUUGCUUGGGAAAGAUCAGUGAUGAAGGCGGCUUGCCAGAUUUGUCAUACCUCCGAUCACGAUGACAAGCUUUUUUGUUGUGCGACCUCUGCGAGCUGGGAUACCAUUUAUAUUGCUUUAAGCCCGCGAUGGACAAAGUGCCAGAAGGGGAGUGGUUCUGCCCAAAAUGCAAGGAAACGGCAUCCCGGAAACCGACUUGCCUGCUUUGCUCGGAUCACAAGACCCCGAUCUACAAUUGCCAGAAGUGCCACGCGUUUUUCCACACCGAAUGCGCCGGGGAGCCGACGCCGGAAAAUCCAUCGACUUAUAAGUGUGCGGCCUGUGAGGGAAGAAAGAAAUCCGUCCGUAUCCUUGAACGUGAACUUGAACCUCGUGCUCCCCUCAGAAACAGGCUCCGAAGAUACCCCCGGCGGUCGAAAACCCCCAAAAAGGAAGCCAGGCUCCGAUCUCAUCAUCUUCCCAGCCCCAAUGGUCGCUGAACUCGCCAAAACUAUGCUCGACGAGCUUGAAGCCCAAGAACAUUCCCUUCCAUUUCUGGAGCCGGUUGAUUUAAAGGCGGUUCCGGACUAUUUGGAUGUCAUUGAUCAACCUAUCGAUAUGCUGACAAUGCGUCAGAAAGCUGAUGAUGGAGAGUACCCUACUGCUGAAGACUUCCAUGCUGAUGUUGAGCUCAUGUUCGCGAAUUGCCGGAAGUUCAACGAGGAUAAAUCGCCGAUAGGGGCCGCCGGGCUUGCGUUGAAUCGAUUUUUCUCGAAGCGGUGGCGUCAGGUCCGCUACAACUUCUGCAAACGCCUGAAACGCCUGAAGCCCUCUUAC